GACUGGGGCUGGCUCCAAGUAGCACUGGCCUGCCUGAGUGGGAGGUGGUAGGUAGUUGCCUAGGAAGGAACUCAGUCAUUGUGCCUGUUUCCCCAGUUGAGAGUGUGGGGCUAACUGGAGGGACAUACCACAAGCUCGGAAGGAGAGAGAGCCAAGGACAGGACGCCCUCAUCCCCGUUCUCCGCCAAAACUGCGGCACCUGGGUGUCAGGAUCGCAAGCGGGGCGAGGGGAUGGGAAAUGGGGAAAGAGGGCUGUAGGACCCGGCGGGAGCUACCUUGGUCGGGGAGGGAACUCGGCGGGAGGAAAGAAGGGAGGGCAGAAAAGGGAAGGUGAUGGGGAGCGAGCAACCGCACUCACCGCGCCGCACGAGUUGCACGGCUUGGGCGGACCGGACCUGGACUUUAUAAAAGGAGCCCAUCUGCUUCGUGGCUCAUACGCUCCUCCUGGGCUGGCGCACACCGCUUCCCUCCAGCUCACUCAGAAACCUGCCCCUUCCCCGCGUGCCAAGCUAGGUUCCCCAGACCAGUGCUGCCCAGCGGCAUGACUCUGAGUGGUGCCAGUGGGACCGAGGUGGCCGCGGCGGCAACGCGGUGCGAGCAGCCGCAGCCCCAGCCCUCGAGUCCCCCCUCGUGCGGCCCCGUCUCCGCGGGGCAGCUAGCCGGAGUGGCCAGCGCGUGAAAAGAAGGGAGGGCAGAGCUCCGGCGCGAGGCGCGGCGCAGCACAGCUCCCAGACUUCACCCCACCCAACUCUGGCGGCCGCAGCCGCCGCAGGAAACUGCCACAGCCGGGGGAAGGGGGCGGGAAUGCAAGACCAGGACCCCUUGCUGGCCCGCACGCUUUGGUCUCAACACCUAGGAAACUCCUGCGGGCAGAUUCUGCAGAUCAAGGAGCGCCCAGGUUAGGAGACGCUCAGCCCCGAGCAAUUGGGGGUAAGAGACCCCACCUGACUAAUGCUCCCUCCUCAAACAAUAAAUCACCCUCCACCACUAGACACUCAGGUGGAAGCUGGAGCAGGGCUUGGUGGGCCAGUCCUUAGCAAGACGGGGAGUGGAGAAGAGCAGCCAGAGACGCGGCGACAGCGCAAGGCGCACUGGAAGUGUAGGGGACGCGCUCGCCUGCCUCGGCUGCCGCGCCCUUGACCUCUUGUUUCAGCUGGAGACGUGGGUGGGGAGUAAUUGAGGAACCCACGGAAAUAACUAGCAACCGGGGGACAAGACUGUGGUCUCUUGUACUGUCCUUUCGCCCUCUCCCUUGUCCGUUCCAUGCUCGGGAGCUGCGCCCGGGGCGAGGAGAGACAUGGAGGAAACCGGCGCUCGGUGCGCCCCGCCGCCGCCUGCGGGCUCCCAGAUUGGGGUUUCUCAAGCCAACCUUUCCGCUGCCCCCUCCCAAAACUGCAGCGCCGAGGGCUACAUUUACCAGGAUUCCAUCGCCCUGCCCUGGAAAGUACUACUGGUCAUGCUGCUGGCGCUCAUCACCUUGGCCACCACGCUCUCCAACGCUUUUGUGAUCGCCACUGUGUACCGGACGCGGAAGCUACACACCCCGGCCAACUACCUGAUUGCCUCCCUGGCGGUCACCGACCUGCUCGUAUCCAUCCUGGUGAUGCCCAUCAGCACCAUGUAUACGGUCACUGGCCGCUGGACCUUGGGCCAAGUGGUCUGCGACUUGUGGCUGUCGUCGGACAUCACCUGUUGCACUGCUUCCAUUCUGCACCUGUGUGUCAUCGCCCUGGACCGCUACUGGGCCAUCACCGACGCCGUGGAGUACUCAGCUAAAAGGACUCCCAGGAGGGCAGCGGUCAUGAUCGUGCUGGUGUGGGUUUUCUCCAUCUCCAUCUCGCUGCCACCCUUCUUCUGGCGUCAAGCCAAAGCCGAGGAGGAGGUGUCGGACUGUGUAGUGAACACCGACCACAUCCUCUAUACCGUCUACUCCACGGUGGGCGCUUUCUACUUCCCCACCCUGCUCCUCAUCGCCCUCUACGGCCGCAUCUAUGUGGAAGCCCGCUCCCGGAUUUUGAAACAGUCUCCCAAUAAGACCGGCAAGCGUUUGACCCGAGCCCAGCUCAUAACCGACUCCCCUGGUUCCACGUCUUCGGUCACCUCCAUUAACUCGCGGGCUCCCGACGUGCCCAGCGAAUCCGGGUCUCCUGUGUACGUGAACCAAGUCAAAGUGAGGGUCUCCGACGCCCUGCUGGAAAAGAAGAAACUCAUGGCCGCUAGGGAGCGCAAAGCCACCAAGACCCUGGGGAUCAUUUUGGGAGCGUUUAUUGUGUGUUGGCUCCCCUUCUUCAUCAUCUCUCUGGUGAUGCCUAUCUGCAAGCAUGCCUGCUGGUUCCACCUGGCCAUCUUUGACUUCUUCACGUGGCUGGGCUAUCUCAACUCCCUCAUCAACCCCAUUAUCUAUACCAUGUCCAAUGAGGACUUCAAACAAGCGUUCCAUAAACUGAUACGUUUUAAGUGCACACGUUGACUUGUCAAUUGCAUUGGGGUCGCCUAAGCGGCCAUUGGGGACCAUGUUGUGUCUGGUUCCACAGGUAGGUCGACUCUUCUUUCCCUGUUACUGGGUCAGAGUGAGGCGCCCCCAUCUGGGCAAGGGCAAUGGAUCCUAAGAAGCCAGGACAGCCUUGAGAGAGAGAGAGCUCUGAAAGAACUGUUCAAAAUAAAGCUUCCCGGCUGAGGAGGAGGCUCACUUUCUCCCCUCAACCCCCAGGUUCAGCACUGACCCUUCGGCAGCCAAUCACAAGGGGGGUUUGCAACUUUUUAAAAAUCUAUAAUGGAAAGGUGAUUUCUGCCCUGCUUUGGUGUCAUGGAUGAUGCCUUCUAGAACCAGUGGUACCUGUAGUUGUUGUCUGAAGCCUGUCUGAGACAGAUACAUACAGCCUGGCAGUACUUGAACUAGACACUUAACACCCUGUGUUUUGGGGAGAACUUUACGUUACAGCUUCAUUUAAGAACAGUUACUUUGGCAUCCUUCAGUCUUCAGUUUUUUGUUUAUUUAAACUUGGUUGGAGAAACUUGUGGAUUUGGUGCUUCAAACCUUAUGUGUGGCUUGGAUGGCACAGAGAAACCUUGAAGAGUUAACAGCAAAAUUCUGAUACUAAGAUCUCUAUUUUUAUUAUAAUUG